UCUCUCUCCCCGCCCGCCAGAUCCUGGCCUUCAAGGAGGCAGAGCAGAAGGAGAAGGAAGGUAUCCGUGAGCUGCGAGCCCGUGUUGCAGGGGGCUGCGUGUGUAGCCGUCCAGCGGGGGGCCCCAGCCUGCAGUGCGAGCUGUGCGGAGGGCGUUUCCACACCGCGUGCGUGCCCUGCCCGUGCCUCCCCUCGCCCCGCCGCUGCGCCGCCUGGUGGGACUGGGACGUGCGGUUCCUGUGCCCGUUGUGUCAGCGUUCCCGCCGCCCGCGGCUCCAGCUCAUCCUCUCGCUGCUGGUGGCCCUGCAGAAGCUGCCCGUGAGACUGCCUGAGGGAGAGGCCCUACAGUGCCUGACCGAGAGGGCCAUCGUGUGGCAGGACCGUGCCCGGCGAGCCAUGGCCGCCCGCGAGGUGGGCGCUGCGCUGGAGGGGCUGGACGAAGCACGCCGGAGGCUGCAGGCCGAUAGGGCCAAGGACAGGAGCCGACUGGGGCCGAAUCAGAGGAAGGUGGACGAACAGAAAGCUGAAGCAGUGGACACGACAGAAGGCAAAGACACAAAGCCAGCAGGCCUCACUGCAGGGGUGGACGAGCUGAGACUGGAGUCACCGGCGCUGGAGCUGUCGGAGACGGUGCAGCAUCAGCUGGAGGAGCUGAUGAUCGACGGGGACUUGCUGGAGGUCACCCUGGAUGAGAACCACAACCUGUGGAAGGUUCUACAGGCCAUGCGGUGCCCCCCCCACGAAAAGAUGCAGACCCUGCUGCAGAUUGAGAAGCUGGAGAGCAAGCUGGCCAAGCUCCGGGGCAGAGACUGUGCGGAGAAGCGGCGCAAGAGGAAACUGGAUCGCUCGGACUCGCUGCCCCUGGCAGAGGAGGAGGAUGAGGAGGGGCUGGAGCCGGGAGAGGUGAAGAGGCCCAAGGAGGAGGGAGUGAGAGGGAAGGGAGAGGCCGAGCUGCCGGCCCAUGAUGUCGAAGUCUCACGGAGUUCAGUCACACACAACGGAGUGGAGGCAAGGAGGAAGGCGAUCACCCUGGAGAUGAAACUGAAGAUAAUCGCCCAGCGCGAAGGCGGCAAGCUGGUGAAGACCAUCGCCCGCGAGUUUGGACUUUCCCACUCCACCAUCUCCACCAUCUUCAAGGACAAGAAGCGGAUCAGCGACGCGGUCAAAUCCUCGGCUUCGGUUCGUUCCACCAUCAUCUCGAUGAAGAGAGCCGGACCACUGGACGAUAUGGAGCGGCUGCUGGUGGCGUGGAUGGAAGACCAGAUACAGAAGGGUUUACCGCUACGCCCGCUGUCCAUCCAGGACAAGGCCAGAAGCCUUUUCCACACGCUGAAACAGCGGGCUCAUGGCCCGACGUACACGCACGUGUUCACCGCCACUCCUGGGUGGUUCAAGCGCUUCAAGAGGCGACAUAACUUCCACCACGUGAGGUUCAACGGUCAAGCAGCCGGCGCUGAUAAUCGCAGUGCCGCAGCCUUCAAGGAAGAGCUACACGGGAUCAUUGCCGAUGAGAAAUAUUUGCCAGAGCAGAUAUUCAACGUGGAUGAGACGGGCCUGUUCUGGAAGCGUAUGCCCGAACGUACGUACAUCCACCAAGAGUCGAGGACAACGGCGGGAUUCAAGGCGUGCACAGACUGUGUAACGUUGCUUCUGGGUGGGAACGUUUCCGGCUUCAAGUUAAAGCCGUUACUAAUCUACCACUCGGAGAACCCUCGAGCGUUGAAGAACGUCAGCAAGCAUUUGCUUCCCGUCUAUUAUCGACAUAACAGGAAAGCCUGGAUGACAUCGGUGAUGUUCGAAGGCUGGUUUGUAAACUGUUUCGUUCCUCAGGCACGGGAAUAUUGUCGGCAAAACCACGUCCCGUUCAAACUCCUUCUGGUCUUGGAUAAUGGUCCCGGCCACCCGCCACAUAUCGGCGACCUGCACCCCAACGUCAAGGUUGUGUAUCUGCCACCGUACACCACCGCGCUCAUUCAACCCAUGGGCCAAGGGGUGAUCGCUGCCUUCAAAGCCUACUAUGUUGGCCAGAUGUUUGCGCAGGCUGUGGAAGUCACCCAAUCCGGCCAGACUCUGCGAGAGUUUUGGAGAGAGUUCAACAUCGCGAGCGCUAUCCGCAACAUCGCGGCGGCGUGGGAGGAAGUCACGCAGCAAUGCAUGAAGGGCGCCUGGAAACAAGUCCUCCCGACGCACGCCCACACGGCCGCAGACUCUGCUGUCGACGGCAUCGUCCGUGGCAAGAUACUCGUGCUCGGCAGACGGCUGGAACUGGACAUCGACGAAGAUGACGUCCGUCGGCUGGUGGGCCUCGAGGCCGAGGAGCUUUCCAACGAGGAGCUGAUCCGGCUGGAGGAAGACAGGGGCGAAGAAGCGGAGACGGAGGAAGAAGACGUUGCUCCCCAGGCACCGAAAACCUUCGCCGCGGAGAAGCUGGCGGCCGCCUUUGCCGCCAUCAGCGACGGCGUGGAGAUGUUGGCAGACAUGGACUCCAAUGACCAGAGAGUGGCCAACACUGACAGGCAGAUACAGGAGGCUCUCGCCUGUUAUAGAGAAAUAUAUAAUGACAAGAAGAAGCAGCUGGAUGUGGUCCUGAACAACACUGUCCACUAAACCAGACUUAGCAGAAGAUAGACAAUCUUUUGCAUUUAUGAUCGGAAGUUGCAGAUGAAACUUUGGACUGUUGGACCAGGGCGCCCACGAGCAGAGAUGGCGGAGGGAGGGGGGAGGGGAGGGGGCAACGAAGAUCGUCCCAGGACACCGCGGCCUCUGGCAAGCGUUGACCAGCGGCAGCAAGCGAGGAGGACUCUCACCCGGCAAGCAGAGGAGGAGUGAGCCGGGAUUGCGUACAGCUACUCUCUCCCCCCCCCUCUACUCUC